AUGUCGCACUUACAGAUGAAACUCCUGUGCAAGAAGAUUGAGAAGCGGAACAUCAAGCUGCGGCAGCGAAACCUGAAGCUGCAAGAAGCAUCAAACACGAACCAUUCCCAACCUUCCAAUGAAGAUGUGCCCAAAGAAGAGAUAAAGGUCAGAAAAGUUAAGAAAGCAGUAAAGCAUGCCACGAGGGUGGGCUCAGCAGAAGCACAAAGCGGAGGCAUGCCUGAAGAGACAGUGGAAAACUUGAAAGUUGAAAAGUUACCCCAGAAACCUACUGCUUUAACCAAUGGAGAAACAGCAGCAGUGCCAUCUCCUGAUUCAGAAUCAAAAAAGAAAAAGAAGAAGAAAAAGAGGAAAAUGGCAAAUGGCGCAGAGCCUGACACCAAAAAAGCAAAAACUGAAGAAAGCACUGUGGCUCUAGAAACAGAAGAUGCUGUGGAGAAGCCAGAUGACAAGGAAGUGCCCAGCCUGCCCCUGGGGCUGACAGGGGCUUUUGAGGACACUUCGUUUGCUUCCUUGUCUAACCUCGUCAAUGAAAACACUCUGAAGGCUAUAGAGGAAAUGGGCUUCAAGCGCAUGACUGAGAUCCAGCAUAAAAGUAUCAGGCCACUUCUGGAAGGCAGGGAUCUUCUAGCAGCUGCUAAAACCGGCAGUGGAAAAACUCUGGCUUUCCUCAUCCCUGUGAUCGAGCUCAUUGUGAAGUUAAAGUUCAUGCCCAGGAAUGGAACAGGAGUCCUGAUUCUCUCUCCUACCAGAGAACUGGCCAUGCAGACCUUUGGUGUUCUUAAGGAACUGAUGACGCACCAUGUCCACACGUACGGGCUGAUCAUGGGUGGCAGCAACAGGUCUGCUGAAGCGCAGAAGCUCACCAACGGCAUCAACAUUGUCGUGGCUACCCCCGGCCGGCUUCUAGACCACAUGCAGAAUACUCCAGGGUUCAUGUACAAGAACCUUCAGUGUCUCGUUAUUGAUGAGGCUGAUCGUAUCUUGGAUGUUGGAUUUGAAGAGGAAUUAAAGCAAAUUAUUAAACUUUUGCCAGUACGCAGGCAAACCAUGCUCUUUUCUGCCACACAAACUCGAAAAGUUGAAGAUUUGGCAAGAAUUUCUCUGAAAAAAGAGCCAUUGUAUGUGGGUGUUGAUGAUGAUAAAGAGGUUGCCACAGUGGAUGGACUUGAGCAGGGAUAUGUUGUGUGUCCCUCUGAGAAGAGGUUCCUUCUGCUCUUCACAUUCCUUAAGAAGAACCGGAAGAAGAAAGUGAUGGUCUUCUUUUCGUUGUGUAUGUCUGUGAAGUACCACUACGAGCUACUGAACUACAUCAAUCUGCCUGUCUUGGCCAUCCAUGGAAGGCAAAAGCAAAAUAAGCGAACAACCACGUUCUUCCAAUUCUGCAACGCAGAUUCAGGGAUACUGCUGUGCACAGAUGUGGCAGCCAGAGGGCUGGACAUCCCUGAAGUCGACUGGAUUGUUCAGUAUGACCCUCCCGAUGACCCCAAGGAAUACAUUCAUCGUGUGGGUAGAACGGCUUGGAGCCUGAACGGAAGAGGGUAUGCCCUGCGCCCUGAAGAGUUGGGUUUCCUUCGUUACUUGAAGCAAUCCAAGGUUCCACUGAAUCAGUUCGACUUUUCCUGGUCUAAAGUUUCUGAUAUUCAGUCUCAGAUGGAAAAGCUGAUCGAAAAGAACUAUUUUCUCCUUAAGUCCGCGCAGGAAGCAUACAAGUCCUACAUACGAGCCUACGACUCCCACUCUCUCAAGCAGAUCUUCGAUGUGAACAACUUAAACUUGCCUCAGGUGGCUCUGUCCUUUGGCUUUAAGGUUCCUCCCUUCGUUGAUCUGAAUGUGAGCAGCCAUGAUGGCAAGCUUAAAAAGAGAGGAGGUGGCGGUGGAUUUGGCUACCAGAAAACAAAGAAAGUGGAGAAGUCCAAGAUCUUUAAACACAUCAGCAAGAAGACAGCGGACCGCAGGCAGUUUUCUCACUGACAGGAAUGGCUUUCUACCUGGACUUUGCCCUAAUUUCCCCCUUUCUCUUUAAGAAGGAACUUUUUAAAAUCACCUU